AUGGUGUGGGGGAAAAGCCUGCGAAAGCACCUCCGCGCGGCCCUGUCGGAGGCCUUUAAAGCCCUCGUCCAGCCAAGCGCGCUGGCCGGGAUGACGUCGAUGCCGUUGAUGGGCUGGGUCCUCGCGCUCUACCACGCGGCGAGGGUGGAGGGGCUGAACUUCGCCUCGGAAUUGCUCACAAACGACGGGACGGAGUGGCGAGGGCGCCGGGGGCUUCUACGCUUUGCCUGCGAUGGCCUCGUGAAGAUGCUUUACGCGGAGAAGUUGUUGGCGCACUGCCGGGAGGUCCCGAACCCCCCGACGGCGCCGGGCGCGCCGUCGGGCUCGACACUAUCGCGAUCCCCAUCCUUGGACUCUUGGGUUCACUCGUUGGAUUCCGCUUCGAGCCUCACCCAUUCCCCCCCUCCCGCCCCCUUUGGGCUUUCGCGAAGCCGGCCAACGAGCGAGGAGACUGCGUGGCCCUCGCGAAAGCGUCCGAAAGCGGCCUCGGAAUCGGACGGGACGAGCGUGGAGACGCGAACGCGGGCCUCCUCCUCGUCCUUUGGGUCGUGUUAUUCCUCCGAUCGCAGCAGCUUCCCGGAUUCCCCCACGCAUGGCGCAAAGGAGUCCCCGGACGGGUUGGAGGGGGCGAGGGAGGGAAAAACGGCCGAGGUGUUGGAAAGUGAGGCCGUCCUCCAACAACGCUCCGCGCAGUAUUGGAUUGCCUUUUGCGAGGUUUAUGGUACCCAACUUGUGGAGACCCUCAACGUGUACGUGGAGGAUGAAACGCGCGGGAUGGUCUUGCUCUCCCCGCCUCCCCCGUACUUUUGGGUUUCGCAUCUUCUCAAGGCAUCUAGCCAAGGGUCGACCAUCACGACCGUGAUUGAUACCUUUCUGAAUAAGAUCCUCGAACUAUCCACUCAUGUUCGCUUGAUAAAGUAA